AUGUCAAAACUCUCUCCCUCCCUGAAAGCUCUCAUAAGUGCACCUUAUGCCCGUCCGAGUUAUGCGCCUGCACCACGAAAUAUUCGCUCAGUGUUCCAAAAGAUUGAGGAGGAAGCUUCCACGAACAAUGUUGGACUGCCAUCAUGGCUGACGAUCUCGACCGCUGCGACGAUGACCAUGAAUUCUCCCGACUCAAUGCUAGAACUCUACCGACUUGUGACUAAAGACCAAGAUCAUGCGCAGACAAUUCCCAGAACAAUUAAUGUUCUAGGUCAAUUCCGUGCAAACCUCCCGGAUGAAGUCAUGAAGUCGUUGAAUAAAAGUCCAUCUCGUGAAUUGACAGCUACCAAUGUUGAUGAUGCCAAAAUUAGAGGCCACGGACUAUGGAAUUCCAUUUACCGACCCUUUGAGACGAAACUACUCAAUAAGCUUGCUGAAUCUCAUCCAGAUCUCCCAGUGGUUAUCCUAAAUUCUUACUCAAGCCUCUUCACCGAUCCUCCUAUCUCUUCACGACCGGUGAAAAUUGGCAGAGUCCUCACAAGUCUGAUCGGUAUAACAUGCUUGAGAGCACAAACCGGGGUGGGCCCACAGGUCACAAGUCAUAUAUUUGGUUUACGAAAAGCGUUCGAGGAUGGUACAUAUAAAGCUGUCGGCGAAGAACCUGUGAAGGGAGGAGAAUGGUUGGCAGGCGAGGAAGGAAACGCCUGGAUCCUUAAUACAAUAGAUAAGAUUGUAGAAGCCAUUGGUGGAGAGACUGGUGGAACGACAUUUGCUCCGGGUAUUAAGGCAAAAUUAUAG